UAAUUCCCUUUGUUUUCCCCUCUAUUUUUUUUAUCAAUGUCCAGUCUUCCAAAACCCCGAUCUUCUCUAAACCAAUCCCUCCCUCUCUUAAACCCCCGGCCUCUCCUCAAUCCUCCCCCGUCAACUGUCGCCGUCACCGUCUCCGACCAACCUCAGCGGCCGUUAAACGCCGCCGUCCAAACUAACGGCACGCUCGGACGGCGAAUCGUCGCUGAAGAAAUGGGCUCGUCGUCCCUAAAGAAGCCCGAAAACCCUAACGGCGAUGGAGAAGGCGGCGGCGCCGACACGUCAUACUUUGAUAUCUACGGUCCUGAUGCUAAGGCAGAUAUUAUCUUCAAAACGCCAACAGCGAAUUCAACGCUAAACCUGCAGGACAUUCAAGGACUUAUCACCUGGGUAAUUGGUGAGGGUAUGAUGCCAUCGUGGGUUUUUGUCAAAAACAAACCGCUUAUACAGAAAGUCAUUCUUCUCCAUGUUCCUGGCCUGGAUGCUGCACUUUACAUGUCAAAUUCCAGCAUACUAUCAAGUUUGAGAAAACGUUGUGGUAAUCCAAUGCCAGUUUUAGCUCUUAGCUGCGUGUCAGAUGAAAUGCAAACAAUCGAUGCGCUUCUAACGUGCAAAAUGAAGAGAAAGCGUGAGGAAGUUGAUUUGAAUUCUCAGGUUCCCAGUCAAACUUCUAAACAAGAAAAGCAAUUCUCCUUUGGUAAUCAGAAGGAUUUACCUUUUCCUGUUAUAUACUAUACGCUUUCAAGGAAGGAACUAGAAGAUAAUGGCUAUUGCUUUAGCCAAGCAGGUUUUCUUUCCACCGUUUCUGCACCUGCAGGGUCUUCACCCUAUGAAAUGCUUGCACUUGAUUGUGAGAUGUGCGUGACAGCAAAUGGAUUUGAACUGACAAGGGUGACUUUGGUGGAUGUUGCAGGUGAGGUGGUGUUAGACAAGCUGGUUAAACCUUCCAACCCUAUAAUUGACUACAACACAAGGUAUAGUGGUAUAACAUGUGAGAUGCUUAGUGACGUGACAACCUCACUCCAGGAUAUUCAGGAAGAGUUUCUUAAAAUUGUCUAUAAAGAGACUAUUCUUGUGGGACACUCUCUAGAGAAUGACCUUUUAGCGUUGAAGAUAUCUCAUGGCUUGGUGAUUGAUACUGCUAUCUUGUACCAACAUCCCCGUGGUUUGAACUACAAAUCGGCUUUGCGAGUUCUAUCACGGAGAUUUCUUUCCCGACUAAUCCAGGUCUCUGGAAGUGGACAUGACAGCGUUGAAGAUGCUAGAGCUGCGAUGGAACUAGCACUUUUGAAAAUUAAGAAUGGGCCGGAUUUUGGUUCCCCUUCAUUCACACGAAGCAAAUUAGUUUCAAUCUUGCGUGAAAAAGGGAAAACAUGCUCUCUUGUGGAUGAUAUACACAUAGUGAAGAGAUAUUCUGAUGGAUCAUGCAAUUCUGUUCCAGUGUUUUCGGAUGAAGAGGCUCUUUCAAGAACCAUAAAAGAGGCAAAAAAUGAAAAUACAAAUUUCAUUUGGACCAGAUUUUCAGCAUUGAGUGCAUACUACAAUACCCAAGCCCAAGAUGAGGAGAAGCUGAGAUGCCAUCUCUCACAGAUCAUCUCGCUGCUGACAUGUAACGGUCGAUCCACAAACCAAGAUGAAAAACUGGGCGUCACAAGCCCUGAAUUGAAGGACAUUCUAAAAUGCAUUGAUGGCAGAAUUAAAAAGCUUUGCAAAGCGUUACCGGUGAAUGCUUUACUCAUAGUUUCAACUGGUCACGGUGAUACGGCUAUUGUUCAAAGAGUAAGGAAGAUGCUGAAUGAGAAUAAGACAACAAUCAGUCGUGAAAACACUGUAAAAGCUCUGGAAGAGCUCCAGGCCAAAGCUGAAGUCGGUCUUUGUUUUGCUGGCGUCAAACAUUGACCGCGUUGCUUUAUUACCGUACGGGCUGCAUUUUUCUCUGGCUGCUGCAGAAAUCAAGAAGCUUGCGAUUUGACGGAGGAAAUUAUUCAAAAAAGUUGUCUCAGUGGCCACACCGGGCUGAAUGUGAGGUUGGGAAGCUCUUUUGGGAAGAGAUGCAGCUGGACGCUGAGAUUUUUUUUUUUUUUUUUUUGUAGAAUGAUUAAUUACACUUCUCAUUGUGAACACUAUUACAAAAUUUUAAGUCACAUGGUUAGUUAU